AUGGCGACCGCCGGGCCAUGUGUUGGCGACGCGGCGAACAACAGCAGCAGUGUGCCCGACCCGGGCACCAAGCCGGCGCAAGCUACACCAGCUCCCACUGCUACUGCUGCGCCACCUGUCAGCAGCGCGGCGAGCGAAAGCAGUACAGCGCGCCCCACGCCAGAUGGCAGCACGGCAUUACCACCGACGCAGACGACGGAGCUGCGCAACGUGAACGGAGGGACUGCAGCUGCAUCUCCGAGACCUGGCAUCAAGGAGGAGGAGGACGGGCAACCAACAGCAGCGCACCGCCGCCAGGGCCGCGCAGACGCUGCUGCCAAUCCCCCUCCCCUGCCCCUGCCCCUACACACGGCCGCAGUAGGCGGCGCGGUGGACGUGGCGCAUGGCGUGAGGCGGUCGCUGAGCGUCGAUGCACCAGAUGCUGUCUGGGACUUUGCCGCCACCACAUCUCCUGAUGUCAGCGAGGAGGUCCUGCCGCCGAUCACCACUUCAGAGGUACAACAGCAGCUUCAGAAGGCGAGCAAUACUGCUCCUGCAGCAGACAGUCACGUACUCAGGCUUGCGACAUCGUCGGCCACGCCGUCCAGGCGGCGCGCCGACUGCCGUGCCAUCUGUCGGCGGCGCGGCGACCAACAGCCGCGGCGCGGCGACCAACAGCCGCGGUGCGCCCGACCCAAGCGCCACGUCGGCGCAAGCUACACGUGGGGUCGGAAUGCCGUCUAG